AUGUUUUUGCAGAAAGUUGAGAGUUUUAGCUGCACUUCUUACAGAAGUGGUGUCUUACUCAAUAUUGUCGGUAUCUGCGGUGAUGAUGAAAAUUCAAGCCAAAAAGUUCGUCUCCACUACACGUCUGUCAAUGUGACAAAUAAUGUUCUUGCUUUUGAGAAAAUAGCGAUAAUGAACAAAAACAGAAAAAGUGGCAAAGAAAGCUGGAUACCUGUACAGAUCCUUGGAACGGCGCCUAAAAAGGUCGACGAUGAGCAGAAUAAUAUUGUGUCAUCUUACUUCGUUGAUUUCAAAGAUUUCACUCUUAAAUACGAGCGACAAGACCUCUCCGAUGACUGUCCUGUCUGCAAGACAAAAGACGUUUUUCGCUGGAUUCAGAAAGAAGAUAAUGAACUCUGA